AUGACAAUAAAGCAAAAGUACAUUGUGCUUGAAGUGAUCAAGAAUGUCCCUGCUUGGCCUGGACGACAUUUGCUGGAAGGAGGAGAUGAUCUGAGAUACUUUGGUUUGAAGACUGUUCUGAGAGGUGAUGUGGAGUUCGAGUGCAAGAGCCAGAGGGAGUAUGAGAUGUGGACACAAGGUGUCUCAAGGCUGCUUGUUGUUGCUGCUGAGAGGAGAUUUAGGAUGUGA